UCCAGGUGAGUUACAGCACUGGAAUUAGUCGGCGCUCAGUCUGCAGCCUUAUUGGCUUAUUGUGUGCUGGGCAGAAAAGCCUGUUUAACACAGACAUGAGGCAAUAUUUGCAAUGAAUGUACUAGAACAAUAAUCACAAUGCAUUAUUUAUAGAUGUAGUUAGUACUGUAAUAGUAGCAGUGGCAAUAAUGGUAGUUUACAUUAUGCAGUGAGAGAUCACAUUGGAAUUAACUGGUGAUUAGUUCUAGUAACUAAUGUAUAUUGAUAUCCAAGUAUUAUUACGUACCUUGGGCUUUCAGAUAGUUGCAUAUAUUGCUUGCAGCAUUCUAUUCGUGUUGUUUUAAACGCUAUGCAUCUGUUACUACGCGUACGAGGCGCCUGCAGUUCCCCGCCGGUCCGCCGGGGGCGCUAGAGGCCCGGGCGCUGUUAACAAACCCAGCCCCGCUUCUCCUCGCCGUUCCUCUCGCGCUUUCUUUGUCUGGCGCACGGCUGCGCUGCGCAGAUGCUCUCGACCGUGUAGAAUUCGCCUGCUGGCUCGUCUGCAGCCGCCUCUGCUCGACCCGACAUGGACAACUCCAAUGACCUGAAGCUCUACCUGGAGUCGUCGCUGAACGAGAUCUUUAAAGCGACGGUGAGCGACAUCCUGGACUCGGUGGACCGGACUCUGUGCGGGUUCCAGGGCACGAUACAGAGGAUCGAGUCUGAAAACGAGGGCCUGAAGCGGCUGCUGUUUGCUCAGCAGAGCGCCGAGCCUGGAGCCAGAGAUGCACAAGAAGACAAUGCCACAAACAGCUUUCCAACUUCAGAGUGGAGCGCUCAUCCGGUCAGCUCUGUUCAGGGCAAAUUCAAAAUGUCCAUAUCCAGCAGUGACAAGAAGAAAUGCAGAAGGAAACGUCAAGGCAAGAAGAGGGAGAACAUAUCAUCUGCCUCCUUCUACCUGCAGGCUAAUCAUCUAAUAGAACAACCGGACGUCAACACAUCAGGGGUAGAUGUGGCCACACAAAGCUUUAUGUCAGUCAAAUCUGAGGCUCUGGAGGAAAGUGGCGCUGUUGACCUCUCCCAGCCCUCGUGUCUUCUCAAUCUGACAAUGCAGCCAAUCAAAAAUGAGAGCCCAUUUAUCAACUGUGACACUCAUGUUGCACGUACACCUCUACUGUCCUCUUCAGGCCCUGAAGAAGUUCUCAGCGGCGAGGACAGUGAAGUUAAAGUCCGUUUUAUUAAGUAUGACGACUGCAGUCAGGAUGAACAAUUUAAGUCUGAGGAGGAGGAGUUAAAUGAGAAUUUAAAGUACAAUGAAAGUUUUCCUAAGCAAGAGUUAAACAAUGUGUUGAGUUAUUAUCCUGAAUCAGAAACAGAUCCUGAGGAAGUGAGUAGACAAAUUGUGGAGGCAGGAGAAGAGACAAAUCAGGACAAUGUUUCUCCUCCUGUACCUGCAGGGGAGCUUUUAGAGAUUAACAACUUUCUGCGUUGUCCCACCUGCCCGAAAACAUUUAGUCGAGCAUCUUCACUGAACAUUCACAUCAAGACGCACUCUGCUGAGAAGCCCCACGUCUGUAGCUACUGUGAUAAACGCUUUGGCCGCGCCGAUCUGCUCAGAUCCCACAAGCGCACCCACACGGGAGAACGGCCCUACAGCUGUAACACCUGCAGCAAAACCUACGCUCAUCCCAGUCAGCUCCGGAUACACAAACGCAUCCACACCGGCGAGAGGCCGUAUUCCUGCGCGCACUGCAAGAAGCGCUUCAACGAGCACAACCAGCUCAAAGUCCACCUGCGGACUCACACCGGGGAGAGGCCGUACAGCUGCCAGCAGUGUGGCAAAGCAUUCAGCAAUACAGGAAACCUGCGCAUACAUGAGAGGAUCCACACGGGUGAAAAGCCCUACUGCUGCGCACAGUGUGGGAAACGGUUCAACAGCUUGGGUGACCUCAAAACACAUUACAGGAUUCACACUGGAGAGAGGCCCUACAGCUGUGAGCUGUGCAAGAAGACCUUCAGCCAAACGGGUCACCUCACCAUACACAUGCGGAUGCACACAGGGGAGAAACCGUACGGCUGCAACGAGUGCGGCAGGAGGUUCACGGUGGCCAGCAGCCUCAAACUGCACCAGAGGACUCACACGGGUGAGAAGGAGUACAGCUGCUCACACUGCAGCAAGAAGUUUAGCAGGCUGGGCCACCUGAAGAGACACGAACUGGUCCACACCAAAGAGAAAAUCUUCCUCUGCAGCCUGUGCGGAAAAAUGUACACGGACCAGUCUUCCCUUAAUAAGCACCUGAAGCUGCACGCAGCCAGGACACAGAAGUAGAAAGAGGGAGGCAAACACGAGUUACACAUAAAAAAAGAAGGAAUGUAAUAUAAAAGUUCAAAAUCUUCCGACUAAAAGUCGUCCUGAAACGCCCUCAGUGAAUUCUUUACACACAGCCUGUCGGCGGGUUAAGUUGAAAAUCGCAUUUCUACCGUUCACUUCAACAAAAGGUGAAACAGUAGCAGCAGCGACACGUUUCACUCUGUGUGUAGCGUCUGCCUUUUCAAUCUGUUGCUCCAUCUGGACUCCCCGUAUCGUUUUCUGUUGUCCGUCUGCUGUUCGACGCCCGUCAGUGCAGCCCCCCUGCUCUUGCUCUGUUCUAAGGUUGUGUGCUGUUAAAAGGAGGGAGCCAGUAAAUUAAUCUCCUUGUCUCGCCACUGUUCCUAUGAUUAACAAAUUAUUUAAAAACUGUGAUGUUUGUUAAUAGACCUUUGACUAAUCUAAUGUAAUUUAUGAUCCAGUAAUUUAACUAUUUUAUGCAAUUUAGCAUUUUUAUUCACUAUAAAGAUAAGACGGGGGUCUUAUCUUUAUAUUGAAUAGUUUCCCUUCAAACACUACAGCUGUAUGCUACCAAAAUGUUGGUAAUAUGUUCUUUUAGGAAGCUUUAUGAAAAAAACAACACAAUUUUAUCCCCCAAGCUGAUGUCUUUGAUCAAUUCCAGGUCCAAACAUAAGUCUUGACCUUUAUCAUUACUGAUCACUAGCACAGGUUUGCCAGUGAUCAGUAAUCACUACUAUUAGUAAAAAGCAGAAGUAUAAAUGUACACAUUUAUACACUUGGUUAGUUAGUUAGAAGUUUGCAGCUCUGUGAUUUAUUGCUGUACAUAGCUUUAAAUAUAGAACUUGCAGUUUGACCCAGUGAAAUGACAAGAAUGUAUUUAUAUAACAAUGUGAUUGAAAAAAGUAUUUAUAAACGUGCAAUAAUAAAAAAGAAUAGAUAUGCUGAUUUUAGAGACAAGAUUCCAGAUUAUUUUAGGUUGUUCCCCGUAAAACCAGAGGACACAUCAGAUGAUGAAUCUGACAAUGAACAUGCACAAGGAAACAAAGUGUUUGUUUGUUGAGGCUGUUGGCUGAUAUCCCUGUAAAGCAGCGUUUUGCUGUAAACAAUGUUUUGUGAUUUGUGUCAACAUUAAAGAAAACCUUGUACGUCU